UCACGAGGGGGGGGGGGGUCAACUAUUCCUCUCCUACCCCCCAAAGUGCCAACGAGACUGGCAUUUAUAAAGAAAAGUAGAAGUGCUGCACCUUUGCGCAGCGGCCGCCUUUAGCUGAACGGUCCCCUCUGAGUGCACAAAGGCAGCUGCUGGAGGAACUGUUCAGUGCGAGAGACGAGCGCUGAGAGGCGUAAUAAACAACCCCCGGCUAGCUACAGACAGGGACGCGGACUCGAAGUCGCUCCCCGGCCCAAGCCCGUAGCUUUACUCCGUGAAACCGGAUUCCAUCGUCAGGUUAAGACUUAUACAGUGUUGUUGCAGGUGUUUGUGUAGAGGGAGAGCAGCAUGGUGAAGGCCAAAUCCGCUCCGAGGAAGACCUCUCAGCAACACACUAAGAGUUCCAGCAGGAUGGAGGUGGAGAUGGAGGAGAUCCUACAGGACGAGCCCCAACCUGAGCCUGAGAGCCACGUUACCAGAGACCAGUGCUGCCAGACAGACGAGCCCCAGCCCAGCAGCCCUAACCCAAUGACUGACCUUAACCCAGGCCCCGACGCAGCCCCCAGGACACCGGGGUACUGCGUGGAGCCGGGUGACCCUCCUCUGUUGCAGCUGCAGCUCCAGACCUCCAAGUCUGGCAUCCAGCAGAUCACAGAGGUCUUCCGCUCAGGUACUGCCCAGCUGAAGCACAUGCUGCUGAAUGAGGUGGACACCAUCUUUGAGUGUAAGACAUGUCGCAGCUUGUUCCGGGGCCUGCCCAACCUCAUCACCCACAAAGAGUACUACUGCCUCACCAGACUGUCCAAGCCGGACGAUCCAGCGGGCGAGGGUGACAAGCAGAGCGGGGCCAUGAAGGACCUCCUGGAGGCCAUCUACCCCAGGAAGGACCGGCCGGACUACGUGAUGCGCCUGGAGCCAAUCCAGACCUCCAAUAACGCUGUGUUCCAGUUCAUGUCCUCAGAGGAGGAGCUGGCCCACUUCCCCCGGGCUCCACACACCCCUGGAGGGACCCACACACACAGCCCUGAGCCCUGGGGGGAGCAGGGAGGGACGCCGGAGAAUGGACAGACUGGGGAGGACAGGAGGAGGAGUGACCAGGAGGAGGAGGAGGGAGGAGAGGAGGCGGCGCAGCCCGAGGAGGAGGGGUCUACGAGCGGGGUGGAGGACGUUACCAUCUCGUGCUGCCUGUGUGGUAAGGACUUCAACUCUCGCCGCAGCAUCCGCCGCCACUGUCGCAAGAUGCACCAGACCAAGCUGGAGGAGCUCCGGAAGUUCACAGAGACGCGCACCGUUCCCAUCAGCCUCCUCUCCAUGGUCAAAGGUCGGUCUCGCCCCAUGCACACGCCCAGCGGCAAGUCCUGCCCCGUCUGCUUCAAGUCCUUCGCCACCAAGGCCAACGUGCGGCGCCACUUUGACGAGGUGCACCGCGGCCUGCGCCGGGACACCAUCACGCCGGACAUCGCCACGCGCCCCGGCCAGCCUCUGUCCCUGGAGGCCACGCCUCCCCGCAAGAGCGCCAACUCCUCACCCACGAGAGGUCACACCCCAAAGAGCGGUGGAGCCGCGGCUGCUACCACCCCUCAGCCCCCCAAAAGCUCCACCGCGGCGCCCCCUGCCCCUUCUCUCCUGGCAUCGGCCCUGUACAACCUGGCCUCCUGCCGCUGUCUGCUCUGCAAGAGGAAGUACAGCUCCCAGGUCAUGUUAAAGAGACACAUGCGCAUCGUCCACAAGAUCUACAAUCUCAAGAACCUCAAGAACGCUAGCUCCGUCUCCAUGACCACGGCCGCAACCACGGCGACCAACAAAAACAACAGCAGCAAAACAGCGACCAACACUGACAGCACCCCUAGCAACAGAACCCCUAUCAACAGCCUGAGCGUGAAGGAGGAGGCGGUGGAACCCUGGGACGACCCCGACUCCAGCCCCGCCUCGACGCCAGGCGACACGGACGGGAGGGACACGGACAGGAAGGGCGUUGCCGUGGCAACCAAGGCAGGUCAAAAGAUCAAAGAGGAAGAGGGUGGCGGCAGCCCCAAGACAUGGACUCGUUCCACGUCCAUCAACAGCACCGGUGGUACUAGUAGUGGGACUCUUGGGAGACCCCCUCAGAAGCUCUCGGUGGGUUUCGACUUCAAGCAGCUGUUCUGCAAGCUGUGCAAACGUCAGUUCAGCUCGCGCCAGAACCUCACCAAGCACAUCGAGCUGCACACGGACGGCACGGACAUCUUCAUCAAGUUCUACCGCUGCCCGCUCUGCCGCUACGAGUCCCGGCGCAAGCGCGACGUCCUGCGCCACGUGACGGUGGUGCACAAGAAGUCGACGGGCUACCUGGCCAAGAUCGUGCCCAAGCUGGAGUCGCGUGCGGUCAAGCGGCCGGCUGAGGUGGUCCUCAACUCUGCCCCCAAUGCCAACAACAACAAGAGAGGAGGAACAACGGUCAAGGAGGAGGUGAAUGGGUGCCACUCGUCUCCCCCUACGCCCCCGGUCACACGCAAACAGGAGCUCCUCAACAACUCCUCCUACCCAGUCACACGCAAACAGGACCUCCUCUCCUCCACCUCCUCCACUCCGGUCACUCGCAACCAGGAGAGACAGGAGAGGCAGCAGGAGGCCCAAACCGGGUCACCUGUCUCCCGUAAGAACGACAAACAACUCCCCGACACCUCCGCCCCGACGCCCCUCCACACGCGUCAGGAGAGCAGCAGUAGUACAGAGGUGCGUGUCACCAAGAACUUCUCGCUCCACGCGUGUGACGUGUGCGGCCGGGCCUUCGCCAAGAAACUCUACCUGGAGUCCCAUAAGAGGAGCCACCGGAAUGCCACGCCACCGGUCAGCACGCCGCCCAGCGGCGCCAGGGCUAAGGGGGUCAGCACUCGGUCCAAGGCACUGCUCUGAUCCCCAGUCCCGUCUCACUCCUGGUUCUUGGGAGCCUCCAUCCUGAGAGGAGAGACUCAACGGAUGAAAGAGCACCGCUAACGAUGAUGAAGAAAGUAGCUGGGCUGGGAAAGUGGUGCAAGCGAAACAGAGAGAGAGAGGGAGGAGAAGGGGUGAAAGAAGGAGAGACUUCACAUCUAAGGGACCAAAAGUAUUGUUGGAACCCCACACUGGAAGGAGGGAUGGGAGCCAACGUGAUGCCAGAGGAGUGGAGUCAGUGGACACUAGGAGCCAUCUGCGGAGGCACUGAUGCUAUCACACUGCUGUGUGUAGGUUACCAUCAUUGUAUGUACAUGUAGAUCCAUAUAUAUAUAUAUAUAUACACCUCUGAACCUGGUCUAGACUUGAGCCUGUAUAAACCUUAGGGGUGGGGAGAGAAGAGAAGAGGGCAGGGUUGGGAGCGCUCUUAGCACACCAUAGAUGUCCCAUAUCUGACCAGUAGAGGGUGCUCCAGUUCUGCUUUAUAGGAUUAGACUUUAAGGUAGGGCUCUCCAACCCUGUUCCCGGAGAGCUAUCCUCCUGUAUGUUUUCACGCCAAACCCAGUGGUGUCUUACCUGAUUCAUCUUAUCAACUAGCUAAUUAUUAGAAUCAGGUGUGCUAGAUUAGGGUUGGGGUGAAAAACCUACAGGACGGGUUGGAGAGACCUCCCCAUGUGUAUGCUGUGAAGUUGGCCCAGCCAGAGCCAGCAGUAGUGAUGUUAGUGGUUUUAUUUCCUCAACUCAUAGUAAGCUAUCCAUCCACUGGGAAGGACUCCAUAUGAACUCAGUUCAUCCAGAUAGGCUUGAGUUUUUCUGGCAUUCCAAGAGAUAUAGUUUGGGUGAUUAUCUGACAGAGAAAGACAAGUCGAUAGCUGACUAGCGAUACUCUGGCACAUUGAAGAGACGGUGACCGAUUGAUUGAUUGAUUGAUUGAGUGGCUAUGGCUGUGUUUAAACAGGCAGCCCACUUCUGACUUCUUUUUUUUUCUCGCUAGUUGGACUUUUGACCAAUCAGAUCAGCUCUGAAAAAGCUCUGAUAGGCAAUUCUCGUGAAACUGUAAAAAAAAUGAUUUAAAGUGUAAUUUUUCACAGAAUUUCCUCUUGAAUCAUUGAGAUUAGGAUCUGUGCUUAUCUAUUUCAUAAUUAUUCGACUUUUUUAAAUCAGAUAUUAUGCAUUUUGACUAGACUUUUCACAAAACUCUCAUUACCGUAACAGUUUUUGAAGUCCCAAAAAGUUAUAUAUAUUUAUAAUAUUUGUUAAUAUUGCUCCCCUAAUGACAAGGCCUGAGUUAAGCAUAACACUGAAAAUGUAAAUAUUGCAAAUGAAAUUGUUCAGUUAUUAUAAAAUUAAAUCAGACUUUCCAAUUUGAGCUCUUUAGCUGAUUCGGUAAUUACAGUAAUGAAACGCGUCCUCAGACAGACACUGUUUGUAUGUAUUGUAUGUAAUAUUAUAGUUUAAUGUAAAUUUCAACUACUAAUCCAUUUUUAUGAUUUAUGGACAAAUGCAUGAUAUAUGUACAGCAACAUAUUUUGUGUUAGGUUUUCUAAAGAACAUUUAUAAUCACCUGAGAAUUUAAUCCGGACACAUUUCGGAAAUUAGAAUUUGGGGUGAAAAUGUACAAAAUUCAGGGAAAAUGUUACCUUUCCAAUAACUAGAUAUCUUAGUCCUCAGAAUGAUAGUUAAUUUUUGCAGAUGCAUCAUGGUUUUGUAGCUCAAUUUGCUACAGACUUUAAAAAAAAAAUGGUUUCAUGAAAACCAUGAUGCGAAAAGAUCCGAUUGGUCAAGAAAUCAAUUAGUGAGGGGGGGGGGGGGUAGAAUCUGAAUUAUGUCUUGUUCAGUCAGAAAGCCUUGGCACAGUAGAAAAGAAACAGACCAAAUUGUAUUUUUCUAACGGAAAAGCUUGUUAAAAUAUCAUAUGGAUGGUAUAAACAAUAGAUAUAUUGGCAGAUGUAUAGGUGAUGUAUAGUUUUUGUUUCAAUCUCCCUGAAAAGUAGAUAUAUUGUAUAGCCUACUGUUGGUUGCAUAUGCUCCAGUAUCUCUGAAUAGUGAGACAUUUUGUUUUCCUCUAUUUGUUCAAAGCACUGAAGAAUUUGUUACGUUCAGACUCUCACUCAUACGACUGUGUCAAAACCAGAUGAUGAAAUGGCGUAGGGAGUUUUCUUUCUUUCUUUAAAGGAGAAGAUGUGUGUUUUUGGCGACCGAGAAGAAGGGAAAUGAAGUGAUUUUCCUUUUCAUGACUGAUUUUCCUUACUGGUCCUCUACAUUCAGAUAUAAAAGAGUGGAGACAUUUUUCCAGGCCUACUAGCUGACCUGAAGCACCUCCGUAGGAUAAGGAGAAGAGUAGAUCAGUUAGGUUUUCUGUUGAAAAUAACGUAACCCAUUAAUCCAUCUGGAAGAAAUCAACUGUUACCCCAAUAAUAAACAGCCCAAA